UCACUGUCGCUACUCGAUCCGAUUUGUACUGCGCAUGUGCGGAAACUCGGGUUCCGUUCUGCGCAUGCGCGAAACUGCGGCCAACAACUCAUUGUAACAUGACAUUAGUAGUUUUACAACAACAGUAAACUACAGGCAAGAAGUAGACGCAUGCGCAGUACAGAUCGUGUUCUGUACGAAUCGAGUAGUGAGAAUAAUAUUAAUGAAAUUGAUAGUACUGUAGUUUGUUUCUGUUGGCAGAUUUACUUCAAUGAAUUGGUUUGGUUUUGGUUUUAAUGGCUUCAGACAAAUAGACCCCCAGCGAAAAGAUGAAAAGGAUGGCAUGAACGUGCUGAGUCCGGUGGAGCUGGACACUUGGUGUACUUGUGCUGAGACUUUCAGCAGAACAGGUUUGAGCCCAAAACAAAAAACUGCAACACAAAAAAUAGUUGCAAGUUGGAGCCGAAGUGCUGUCCUUCACAUAACCGGCGCGCGCAGGUGUGUGUGUGUACACGGAGCAGAGAGCAGCGGAUUGGUGUCAGAGAGUGAAGGGUGUGAGGAUGUUGUCCUCACUGAGAGCUGUUUAACCCUCAGCUUUACUCACACUGUCCAGUGCUGGAGUUUACACAGGAAUGGAAGAGCACUUGUUUGGAGUGGAGAACUAAACACCACUGAAAAGACUGGGAAUGCUCUUCCGUUGCCGCUGGUCCCAGGUGGAUAUAUAGCCUCCAAGCCUCCAUUUUUUCGCCCCCUCUCUACCCAACUACAGGCAGCGAGCCUAGCACUGGGCACCGAGCACGCUGUUCUACUCACAGCCUCUGGGACUGUGUACACCUGGGGACAUGGCAGUCAUGGUCAGCUGGGUCAUGGCACACUGGUGUCAGAGGAUGAGCCUCGAGCAGUUGAGGCUCUGUGGGGAGUCCCAAUGAAAUCUGUCGCUGCAGGAGGCUGGCAUUCAGCAUGCAUUGGUGUUGGAGGAGAUCUGUAUGUAUGGGGCUGGAAUGAGAGUGGACAGAUUGGCCUGCCAUCAAAAGGCCUCAGAGAGGAGAGUCAGAAAGAUAAAGAAAGAAUUGAGGCAGACAAAAAGGAAAACGAGGACACCAGUGAUGUGAUCAUCUCAAUUCAAGCGUUACCCGCCCUGGUGGAUGUAUCAGAAGCAUCUGAAAUUAAGAAGGUCAGCUGUGGAUCCCGUCACACAGCGGCCAUCACAAGCACUGGUGAUCUCUACACCUGGGGAUGGGGUCUCUAUGGCCAGUUGGGUCAUGGUUCAAGAUGCAGUUCAGAUGAACCAAAGAUUGUUGAGUUUUUUUCCAGUGGUAAAAUGAGUGUGGAAGAUGUUACCUGUGGAUUAUGGAACACGUUUGUGGCAGCAGUUCCGAAGCACCGUGUCCCAUUAUGACCCUCACAUAUAGUACUGUAUCUUGUCCCUAAAGAUCUUUUCACUUUUGUUAUGCAACACAAAAAUAAGGGACAAUACAAGCAAUUAUCAAAUAUACAAAUAUAUGUCCAAACAAGCAAGUGAGAAAUAAAAGUUAUUUUAAAGUAAGAACAGAGAUACUGAAAUGUUUAAAAGGCAGGUGAAAUACAGACACAACCACAAUUAACAUGUUAAAUUAGUAAUGUUGGCUGAAGAGCAAAGUGCACACAUGUUGAAAAUGAGCUGGAUGUAAAAAUGUCUUUUGUUCUCAGUAGUCUUCACAGCACAAUCUUGAAAGAACUG